CGUGGCACUGGCAGAAGGGGGAGGUGGGAGGUAAUAGCAAGGAGAUAGCGAGGACCAAGGCGAGGACGAGGAGGAGGACGACGACGAAGAAGACGUGGAGGAGUGGGAGGACGAAGAAGUUGAGGAGAAGGACGAAGCCGAGGAGAAGGAGGAGGGGGAGGGGGCCGAAGAGGAGGAGGAGGACGAAGAUGAAGCUUACGAUAUUGACGGGGAACACGAGGAAAACGAUCACCAAGAUCCGGGGGGGAAAAAAGAAAGGUGCCACGUGGCACAAGCAGAAGCGGGGGGCGGGAGGUAACAAGUACAUGACGAGGACCAAGGCGAGGAGCUGGAGGAGGAGGAGGAGGACGACGACGACGAAGACGUGGAGGAGGACGAAGACGAAGAAGACGUGGAGGAGUGGGAGGACGAAGAAGUUAAGGAGAAAGACGAAGCCGAGGAGGAGGAAGAGGGGGAGGGGGGCCAAAGAGGAGGAGGAGGAGGACGAAGACGUGACGGGGAGCACGACCAGAACGACCACCAAGAUCCGAGGGAAAAAAAAGAAAGGUGCCACGUGGCACGGGCAGAAGCGGGGGGUGGGAGUACAUGACAAGGACAAAGAAGACGAGGAGGACAAGGAGAAAGAAGACGACGAGGAGGACAAGGACGAAGUAGACGUGGAGGACGAUCGGGAGGAGGACGAAGACGUUGAGGAGGACGAGGAGAAAGAUGUGGAGGAGCAGGAGGAGGACAAAGACGUGGAGGAGGAGGGGGAGGACAAGGAGGACGACGAGGAAGAUGUGGAGGAGGAGGAGCGGGAGGAAGACGAAGCCGUGGAGGAGGAGGCAGAUGGAGGAGGAGAAAGCAGGAAGACGACCAUGAAGAGGAAACGAGAGGGAAACGCCGAGGAAACGACGUUUGAGAAAUUGUCUGCGUCUCGGCUUGGAAUAGUGCCAGAUACAGAUGCAGCAUCAUGCCGCACUGUCCCGGCGGACGACAUGAUGAAGACGCUCUACUUGCAACUGAUUGGAGGAGCGCAGGCAUGGAUGAACCAUCUGGCGGCUACCAACAAAUGCACCAUCGCCGAACUCCACACGCAUAUCACGUGGAAAGAGUUCGCGAAGCUAUGGCUCACCCGGUUCAUGGUUCGCAACGUCGUGAAGGCAGCCAUGAACAAGGUGUACUCCUGCUCUCAAGGUAGUAUGCCAACUCGAGACUGGACAACUAAGUGGCAGAAGAUAGUGACCACACCAGGCUUCGAUUUGAGUUUUACCAAUCAACGAUCCGAGUUCUUCUCGCGAUCGUUCGCAGGACUGCGAUCGACACUCGGCAACGAGUACGAUUACGAUUCAUUACAGGCCAUUCUGGAUCGUGCAAACUUGGUCAUCCAAACGGAUGACAAGGCCGCAAACGAACGGCAGUCCCAGCCUCAUUAUGUGGCUAAGCAUGGCUAUCAACGUCCGACACACAACAAUGUCGUGAUUUCUAAAGAAACAGACGAUCUCCACGCUGCAGCAGCAUCCUCGAGUGAUGGAGGAAUUGUAGCAGCGCUCCCGCCGAAGCGUCCCAAGAGAGUUCGGAAGAACAAGGCGACACGAGACGGCAUCGACGGGAACUGGGCAGCAACCAUGGACGGCUUACAAGAUAACCAAGGAUACCCAUGCUCAGAUGCAUAUGAUGAACCAACCUGCUUGACAUCGACGGCUUGCAGUUGGAGUGGAAACCAGUGCUAUUCCACAAUCAACAAAUGUGCUGUUGUGGCAGCCGAAACCAAAGCUUGUGAUUCCGUGAAGGAUAUCAGCACAGGCCUCUCUAUGUGCAGAAUGGAGGAGACCUGCCAACCACUAAAUUGUGACCCAUCGGAUCCUUGUUGCCAAUAUGACAGUGAUGAAUGUGGAUCGAAAAGCAACUGUGAAUGGAUGAGAGAGUGUGCACCUAUUUUUGAUCCGUGCUGGAACUAUCGUAAUGCUUCCAGAUGUCAAAGCGAUCCAAGCAAUUUUUGCAGAUGGGUGGCACCAGUAGGUGACAAAACUGGCCAAUGCAUCAGCUCAUGGCAAGUGUGCUUUGACAGCUAUAAGAAUAUGCAGCAAUGUGAGCGCAUCGAGGACAAAGCCACCAGAAAGCCAUUGUGUCGAACAAAAGCAUACUGCAUUAGCAAAUGCAAGUUGUGCGAUGAGUGCCUAAGUAUUGUUCAACGCUUCACUGAAAGCAACUCCUCAAAUGCUUUACAAAAUAGCAGCACUACUGCAAGACAAAUAUGGGAGUACUGCACCUCAACACUCGGCAAGAACCCUUUUUAUUGCCAGCUGAUACAAAUUGCCGUAGCUUAUGGGGGCGCUGCUGUUCAGCAACCAGGGCUGGUUUGCAGCAAAUCAUUAAUGUGCACAGCUGGUUGCCUUAAGGGGAAAGGAUUCGACUUGUGCAAAGGCACAUUGUUGACGACUAAGGGAGAGCCAUGCUCUGGCAGUGACUGUGGCAUACUUUGUGAAACAAACGCUGAUUGUGGAUCUAACCAGAAGUGUGACUCCUUCUCUUCUGAGACAUGCUUCUCCAAUUGCGCCUGUAACCCGGACACUGGGGGGACUAUUUGCGGGAAAUGCAAAGGCAAGUGCACAGCAAAAACAAGGACGGAGGGAAGGGGAAGGGUGCUACCUGCCAUGCCGUCUGGCAACAAGGAGACGGGAUCUCACAUGGGAUCCAAGGGAGUGGGAGUGGCCAGCCCAAAGGAUGCAGACGAGAGCACAGAUUGGAAACUGCAGAUGGACGCUGCCCCUGAGGCAGAAAAACAGCAGUAUCAAUUCUUCUACGAGAAAGCCUUGAAGAGGGAGGAGGAAGAGAAAGAGAGAGAGAGAAGGGAUAAGGUGCAGGCUCACGAGGCCGUCCUUAGCACCGUGUCCGCUCUGACUGAUGAGGAGGUAGAAGAGAAAACGGUUCCCCUCCUCAGAGCCUUAGCAGGGGUCCGGGUUGCUGAGGACCAUGCUGGCCAACUCACACAGGUGUUUAAGCAGCGCAAGGAGUUGCGCGAAGACAUGGCCAAGAUGGCGCAGCAGCACCACGAUCAGCUGCAACAGUUUGCUAGUUCGCAGCAGGCUCAAAUCGUCUCUUCACUCACCUACCCUGCCUCCAAUGUUGCGUGUCAGUCCAGUUUUGCCCCUCUGACUACGUCUACUUCUUCUCCUUCUACUUCUUCUUCUUCUUUGAGUGUGGUUAACAGCCAAAGCGGAUCUGCAGCAAGUCCAGACCCCGCUGUUGCUGCUGCUGCUGCUGCAGCGGCAAGUGGUGGUGCAGGGACUUCUGGAACUGUUGCAGCCCCGGGCCCGGACCCGGCAAUGGCUGGGCCAGGCGGCAACUUUGCUUACAUCGACAGGAAGGCGGCGCAGAUUCCGUCCAAGUAUGACGGAAAGGACGACGUCGAGUCUUGGAUCAGCUCUAUGCGGUCCUACUUCGAUGUAUUGGGGACACCCCCGUCCACUCAGUCGUCUAUCCUGGGGACCAAUGUGGAGCCCGUCGUGCGGGGUUUCCUAGAAACCCAAGCUGUCCAAUCAGGCUAUAAGAGAAUAGAUUUGAACAAAUGGCUAAAGGCUACGCCUACUGCCGCACUUGAGGAUCUCUUGAUCAAACAAUAUGUUGAUCCACAUGCUGCAGCUAAAGCAAGACUAAAGCUGGACAAGCUCAAGCACAGCAAGUGGACCGGCACCAUGCACAACCUGCAGCAGUAUGUUAGUAAACUCUUUGCUACUCCGGAUCUGGAGAUGACUGCGCAGUCUUGUUUGGAUGUGAUAAAAGGUACGGUCUCCUCUACUCUAAAAGAUCGCCUAGGGCUCGGGCUCAGCGGAUAUACAGAUUGGCUUACCCUCAUGCGAGACUUAGUCAAGCUGGAGGCACAAGACCUCUCGGGUGGAUCAAGUGGCAAAAAGGCCACCAGCCGCAAACGGUUUCCAGGCAGCAACCGUUUUGCAGCACAUGAUCUGCUUGAGGCUGACGAGGAGACCCUCGUGGACGAAUCUUCUCUUGAUGACGAUCAAGAGCAAGACUGCGGGGCAUCUUGCUCUUUGUCAGCCCAUGAGUCUGAGUUUGUAAAUGACGAAGAAUCCAUGAAUGCCUUUAAGAAGACUGCCUUUAAGAGUAAGGGACCGAGGACCAUGAUGAAGAAUAACACUAACACUAUCCUUCUUCCCAAGGGAGCAAAGAUUCCACCAAAACCGGAAGAUCCUGCCACAAAACCAUGGGUAGAUCUCCGGAUUAGUGAAAAUUCUUCUUUGGAUUCUGAUCCCACUCAGCAAACCUCUCAUGAAACCCCAUCUGAUGUUGAUUCCAAGGCUGAGAAGAUCCACAUCCUAUACAAGGAGCCUUGGGUAGAGUCGGAAGAAAUUGACUUCCAUUCUCUGUUGACGCGCUGGGCUCACAUGAAGCAAGAACGCGCGCAAGGGAGAACGAAGUCGAUCUUCUUCAAACUCUACAUUAAUGGCCGUUACAUCCGUGCGUUGUCUGAUUGUGGUGCAACCGCCAACUACUUCUCACCGCACGGCAUUCGUAAGGCACGCUUGGGAAUGAAGCAAGUGACUUUGCAGAAUCCUUGUCGGACCCAAGUAGGCAACCAAGAGGUUAUCACUUUCACGCAUGCAGUCAAAGGUGUGCGCACUACCUUUGAUGCUGAUCGCACAAUCAGAACCACGUGGAAGGACUCACAAUUCAUGGUAAAAGAUGCCAUGGGAAUCGAGCGUCCAGUGGAUGAGCCGCGCGAGUCCCAAGUAACCUUUCUCAAUGCAAUGCAGUUCUGCAAAAAGUGGCGCAGGCGCAAAACUGAUAAGCAAAUGUAUAUAGCCUUUGUUAGGCCUGCUCAUGUGCCUGUACAUAAUGAUUCUACUUUGCAUGCUGUUUCCACCUCGGAUGCAACUACUUCUACCUCUACUAAAUCUACCUCUAGUCCAAAUGACUCUACUUCUAAUCCUGUCGUAUUGGCUGCACCUAUGACAUCUGAUAUGCUUGCUCCUGAGAGUGAUGAUCCCCCUCCGGAAGUUCCACCAGAAAUUCGCAACCUUCUCAACCGAUUUCYUGAGGUCUUGGCCGRACCGCAUGGAGUUCCCGUGCGUCUGGUCCGACACAAGAUCGAGUUGAUUGAAGGUAGCACUCCUCCAAAGGGUUGUGUCUAUCGAAUGGGCUCAGGCGAAUUGGAGGAGUUGCGAAGGCAGAUUGAUGAGAUGAUUGGGAAGGGAUGGAUCAAACCCAGUGAGUCUGAGUUUGGUGCACCAGUGUUGUUUGUUCCUAAGAAGGGAGGCAAACUGCGGAUGUGUAUUGACUACCGCGGAUUGAAUAGAAUCACAAGGAAGAAUGCAUACCCUUUACCACGUAUCGAUGAUCUGCUUGAUGCUGCAAGUGGGUGCAAAGUCUUCAGCAAGAUCGAUCUCAAGUCUGGCUACCACCAGAUUGAAGUCGAUCCUGCAGACCAGCACAAAACCGCAUUCAAAACUCGCGAUGGGCUGUACGAAUUCACCAUCAUGCCCUUUAGUCUCACGAAUGCGCCAGCCACCUUUCAAAGUCUCAUGGACAAAGUGUUCCGCCAUCAGAUUAACCGGUUUGUUGUUGUUUAUUUGGAUGAUAUACUAAUAUUCAGCAAAUCAAUGGAGAAGCACAUGAGACAUCUUGAGGAAGUGUUGCAGGUCCUCAAGGAAGCGCAACUCCAUCUCAACUUGGAGAAAUCUGAGUUUGGGAGGGACAGCGUCAUCUACCUUGGGCACCGGUUCUCUGCUGCAGGCCUAGAGAGGCAACCAAGGUUGAGGUCAUCCGCAAUUGGCCUCAACCGGCGAAUGUUAGCGAGUUGCGUUUUUUUCUUGGUCUUGCGUCCUACCACCGCAAUGCUGCAACAAGAUGACGGCGACGGCCUACGUCCGCUAGAGUUUUACAGCAAACGUAUGCCCAGUCACAAGAAUAAUCCCUCAACUACACUGACCCGUUGGCUGCAUGAGAUUGUUGUGUAUGACUUUGAGAUUAAGCACAAGAAAGGAUGUUACAAUCGCGUUGCGGAUGCUUUGUCGCGCCACCCGGAGUACAUGACUUGCCUUGUGGGUUCCUCUGACCUGCGUAAAAAUCUGAAGGAGGAACUCAUAGAGCAUACUGCCAAGGAUCCGGAACUCGGUCCCAUCCUUGAGCAGAUUCGGGCUGACCCUAGUAGUCAGCUUGAUUUCCAUGAAUGUAAAGGCCUUCUCUUCCGACGUUAUGGGAAACAUGACCGAUUGUGCGUGCCCAACCAUGAGCCGUUCAUGACUCACUUCUUGGACUUGGCUCAUGGCCGGAGUGGACACUUCGGCGUUGAGAAGACAUACGGAAAUCUGUUGGAAAAGUUUGUGUGGCCUGGAAUGAAAAGAAUGACGCAAAGGUUUGUGGCUGAAUGUGAAGUUUGUCAACGCAUCAAACCGUCUCGAGAGAAGCCCUAUGGGCUGCUGCACCCUCUUCCUAUCCCUGAUGGUCCAGGUGAGUCUGUUUCCAUUGACUUCACGGACAUGGGGAAAAAGAGCAGAAACGGUUAUUCACAGGUAAUGGUGAUCGUCGAUCGUUUUUCCAAGUUUCUGAACCUAAUCCCAUUACCACCUCACGCCCCAACUGACCUUGUAAUCGAAGAAUUUAACAAAAGGUACAUUCUGCAGUGCGGGCCCCCGAAGACUCUUGUGAGCGAUUGGGAUACCAGGUUCAUAAGUGCAGAUUGGAAAGACUCCACCUCCCAGACCUACGACAUGAAACUCAAGAUGACGUCUGGUCGACACCCCGAAGCCAAUGGACUGGCCGAGGAGAUCAACCAGACCGUGAUCCAACUUCUCAGGGCUCUUAUCGUGCCUGACCAGAACUCUUGGGAUGAGGAGUUGCCGAUUGUGCAGGGGUACUCCAUCCACUCUUCCACCGGGAUGACGCCUAACCGGCUGCACCUCGGAUGGAAAAUCCGCAAUCCCCUAUCCUAUCUGUUCCCGGAACAGCCACCUGGCCUAACACCUGGCCAGCCAGGCUACAGUGCUAAGUACGAUCGUUUGCUCAAAGUUGCUAUCGCGGCUAUGGAGAGGCGACGCAGUGCUAUGAUUAAGCAUGCGAACAAGAAACGCCAGCCUGAUCCCUUCACCGUGGGAAGUUAUGUCUGGGUCAAGAUGUCUGAGUUUUCUGAAGAAGAAGGCGUGUCACGGAAACUUCUUCCUCAGUACUACAAUCCCUGGAAGGUGCUGAAUCGAGUAGGUAAUGAUUCCUUCGGUCCUUCUUACACGAUUGAUGUGCCUGCGCAUCUGCGCACGUAUCCAGUCUUCCACACAUCGAAGUUAUUUCCGUAUGAACCACCUGAGACGUUCAAGUACCGAGAAUCGAUGAUUCCUCGCGCAAUCAAUGGCGGUCACGAGGUUGAUAGAAUUGUCGAGCACAGUGGGAAGGGAAGAAACAGACAGUACAAAGUCCAUUUUUUGUACCAUCCGCUGGAUGAUUUCUACUGGAUUGCUAAGAAAGACUUACUGCAGAGUGCACCGCGUCCAUGCUAUGGUUUCUGCAGAGCCCAAAGAGGUUUUAUGACGAGGGCGAAGAUGAGCAGUGAUUCGCGUCAGAUUACAGUCCUCCUGAAUACACCGGCAGCACCUAUGAGAAACUUCUGCGACAAAAUUUUCCGUGACAGCGACAGGCUCCUGGGUGCAAAAGCUAAUUGCCUUGUUGAUAAUGCGGACAAAGCUGUCCUGAUAGUCACCCUUGGACAGCAAGCAACAGUAGGGCCUGGAUCAGCUUUGGCCUUACUAAAAGAUGGACUGCUCACCGUUAACAACCAGGUGUUUGAUGAAAGAAUGUCAGUAACACUGGAAUGGCCUGACAAGAUAGAGAAUCCAGUUGCUUCUGUGGUGGCUCCAUCAGUUGUUGGUGAUGCAUGUGGAAAUGGGACUGGAAACACUACGAGUAUUGUCACGCUUGACGGGUCAGGCUCAAGAGACCCAGGCAGGCGACCAUUAGUAUACCACUGGUUGAUUGUGAGCGCUCCCAGCAGUGAAGCUCUGUCCAGUCUCAAUUCUAAAAUACAAUCACAGCGGGAUGUAACCACAGUGUCUGGGAUGCUGCAAACCAUAACGAUUCCGGUGCGUGAUCUGCAAGAUGGACUGUAUGCCAUCAAUCUCACAGUGUCAAACAGUCUGGGUCUAUCAAACACUGCAAUAGCCACAUUCAGGAAGCUGUCAGGCAACAUAAUACCGAUAGUGAGAAUUGUUGGACCAAGAAGAGUGAUAACAGAAAGGAUGCGAGGACUUUCCCUUCAGGCAAAUGUGGACCCGUCCUCACUCUGCCUUGGACGCAGUUCAGUUGGGGCAGCAAACAGAUUUGUGGACUAUUCAUGGAUAUUCACAAGUGCUGAGACAUUCCCUCUUCCAAAUUCACUGGGCAGCAAUGCCAAUGGAAUCUAUAAGAGGAAGGACCUUGUCAUCCCUCCUUACUGGGAAGGAGUGAUGACAGAUAUUGAGUACUCUAUGAGCCUAACAGUCAGUGUCCUUGAUGCUUUGGACCAAAGGAAAGUUUCUCAGGAUGGUGUUGCGACUGUCUCGUUUAUAUUUAAGUCAAGUAAACUGGAAGCUCAGAUUGUUGGAGGAGACCGAAUGGUGUCUAGCAGUAAUGAGACCAAGCUGGACUGCGGUAAAUCAAGAGACCGUGAUGAUCUGUCCAACUCAAGAGAAGGGUUUCGGUUUGCCUGGUCUUGUGAACAGACUCAAAGUGGAAAUCCCUGUCCGCUCGCACUGAUUGAGUCUGAGGAACAGCGACAGGCGGCAGCUGAGGCUGCCCGCCUACAGGCUGAGGCGGAAGCAGCAGCUGAACAGCAGCGGCUUCAGGCCGCAGCUGAUGCAGAUACCCAGGCCCGCCACAAGGAGGCCCAGGAUCUGCUGCAGCGGCACAAAGCCACGAGAGUCGACAAGCUCAAGUUCUGGCACUUUGAACCAUCCGAGGGCCACGACGACGCAACACCGGAAGAGCAGCACAAGGAGUUUCUCGCCAAACUCGUGACCCGGUUGGUUUACACUUGUAACCACCUGCAGUCCGAGCUGGCGAUUCUCCGACGGACAGUGCGGAACCACAAGGAUCUGCACAAAGAUGCUUACACGGGAACUCAAUUCCCGUGUACAGGACUUGGGGCAAGCAGCACCAGGACCAGAUGCUGGCGAACCCAACAGUGCAGCCUCAACCCGCCAAUUGGAGGACGAGUUGACCAUCUAGUCACAAUGCUCGGAGACAUCAGCACCUUCGCCGCACCAGCCACCGUCAGCGAGCAGCUCGGCACCUUGAAAACCGAGCUCAGGCAGCUACACCAGCCGACCGACAACGAUGGCAGCACCAGUGCAUCGCGACCAUACGAGAUGACGACUUUCCGGAUUGAGAAGUUUGAUGACUAUACGCAUCAGGACCCAGUCUCCGAUCUGCACAAGAAGAUCUCCUGGGACGAGAUGACGAGGGAAUGGAAGAAGCGGCUCAUUGUCGACGGCGCCCCGACGCUCGCCAUUAACCGCCUCUUCAGCAUGACUCAAGGCAACACACCGACACGCGACUGGCUCACGAAAUGGCAAAAGAUCGUGGCACCUGAUCUUGACUUUCCAUUUUCGCAUCUACGCCGGGAGUUCUACAACUGGUCGUGUGCCGCCUUGAGCCUCACACUUGGUGAUCGAGAACAGUACACGACCUUCGCCGAAAUCAUCGACAAGGCACUACCAACUCCGUUGAUGGACGCCGGAGUAGGGGUUGUCGACCUUCGCGACUACCUUGUGAAGAUCAAUCGGGAGUUCAAGACACAACGCCAUAGUUUGGACGAGCAUGUGGAGCACCUGCGCACCGUUUUGGAGCAGCUACGACAAGCCAAGUACAAAGCCAACCGCGACAAAUGCGAAUUCGCGCGGCAAGAGCUUGAGUACUUGGGACAUUAUGUGACGCCACAAGGCAUCCGUCCACUUGCGGACAAGAUUGAGGUCAUCCACGUAUGGCCCAACCCCACCAACACCACGGACGUUCGCUCAUUCAUGGGGUUGGCAGGCUACUACCAACGUUUCAUCAUCGGAUACUCAAGGAUCGCCGCACCAUUGACGAGACUACAAUCGCCAAAGGUGCCAUUCGUAUUCGACGACGACGCGUGCCGGUCGUUCCAAGCACUCAAGACGGCCAUGCUUAUGGCACCCGUCCUUGGCAUCUAUGACCCCAUCUUGCCAACGAGAGUGACGAAUGGCGCUUCCGGCUAUGGCAUUGGGGCAGUCUAUGAACAACACGACGGCGACGACUGGCAUCCCGUGGAGUACUUCAGCCACAAGGUGCCUCCUAUCAACUCACUUGAUGAUGCAAGGAAGAAGGAGCUACCCGUGUUCGUGAUGGCUCUCAAGAGGUGUGGAAGAGGAAUAGUACACGACACCUCGGCGCCGAAGGCGUCGCGAACGCAGGAGGACAUUCACAACCUCGACGACGCGGUUCAGACACACAGUCAGGUGUUUGACCAACUCACCAGCCGCCUCCAGCCGCUGGAACAAACCGUCGCCGACCCCGUUGUCAACUCUUCCAACACCUCCGAUCGCCUUGAGGCAUUGGAGAUUGACGUCGGAUCCCUCAAGGACGGCGUGCAGUUACAGCAAAACGCCACGCAACAGUUGGAGCAGUGGAUCUGUACUGCCGCCACUCACUCGAGAUCGGAACCGCGCGAGACAACUCCAAUGUUCGAUGAUCAGGAGAUCUUCUGCGAUUCGAUGAAGACGGACCCGAUUCCGUGGUUCCGUAAGUUCGAACUCAAGUUGCAGCUACACUACGUCAACGAGCUCAAGCAUCACACGUACUUGUAUUCCCGUUCGGGGGGCGCGUACCAAGCAUGGCUGGACAAUCUCCUGUCCAAGCACGGAGUGGUGGCUGCCGACUUGCAUACCAAGAUCAGCUCGGAUGAUCUAAAGGUGGCGUGGCAUAAGCGGUUCCAAGUAGAGCCGCCGGAGAUCAAGGCAAUGGACAAGCUGAUGGUCUUCAAACAAGGCACACUGCUGAGUGUUGAUUGGAUUGCCGAGUACCAACGCUUGACAUCCGUCCCAGACAUUCAAAUGGGCUUCAAAGCCAUCAAACACUACUGCAUCUCGAGGUCGUGUCCGGCGUUGGGCAAUGCCUUGACUCACUUCGAGGACACCUUGAUGACACCGGCGAAGCUCUUCGACAAGGCCGCGCAGAUUAUUGCCUUUAUGCAAAAGGCUGCCCUUGGCGCACAAGUUCGAAGGAAGGCAAACCUGACGGUGAUCCAGUUGGCGGACGGAAGGACGCAACAACUUAUCGACCACUACAUCGAGGCCGUACCGGUGUAUUUCGCACCUCAUGCAUGCGAACCAGUGACAUUCGACAUUUUGGACACGGACUUCGACAUUAUUUUGGGAAUGCCUUGGCUUGCAAGUGUGGAUCACACGGUCAACUUCCACCGGCAGACUCUUAUUGUUCACGACGCCUUCGGCGCCGAAGUGUCGUGUACUAUUCCUCUUCUGCACCCUUCAAUUUGGUGCCAAGUGGUAACGGCCAAGUCGUUCCGGGCUACUUGCGCUUACGAACAGCCCGACGAGAUAGGCCUAUGCUUCCUACGGACCGUCGCGGUAGCCGAUUCUUCACCCACAGACUUGUCUUCGGACCCCCGUGUGGUGUCGUUGCUUGACGAGUUCGCCGACAUCUUCGAGCCACCUACCGGUGUGGUGCCGGAUCGGUCAAUCUCUCACGAGAUCAUUCUUGAGGCCGGUGCCGUGUCGCCAGAAGGCUGCAUUUAUCGCAUGAGCGAGGAGGAGCUUACGGUCCUCCGCGCGCAACUUGAUGACUUGUUGGACAAGGGUUGGAUCCGCCCUAGUGGCUCUCCAUACGGAGCGCCAAUUCUCUUCGUAUGGAAGAAGAACAAGGAUUUACGAUUGUGCAUCGAUUACCGCAAGCUCAACUCCCAAACCGUCAAGAAUGUAGGGCCUCUUCCUCGCAUCGACGAUCUUCUUGAACGAUUGGGUGGCGCGAAGUAUUUUUCUAAGUUGGAUUUGAAGUCGGGAUAUCAUCAAAUCUCGAUCCGACCGAACGAUCGUUACAAAUCCGCGUUCAAAACGCGGUAUGGGCAUUUUGAGUGGGUGGUCAUGCCUUUUGGCCUCACCAACGCCCCGGCGACCUUUCAAGCGGCAAUGAUCAACGAGUUCCAUGCGAUGUUGGACCUGUUCAUGCUGGUCUACUUAGACGACAAUCUCGUCUAUAGCCGGUCAUUGGAGGAUCAUCUUGAGCACCUUCGACGAGUGUUGGAGACGCUCCGCUGCGCCAAGUACAAGGCCAACCGCGACAAGUGCGAAUUUGUCCGGCAAGAGCUGGAAUACUUGGGCCAUUUUGUCACAGCGGAGGGCAUCAGUCCGCUAUCGGACAAGAUUCAAGCCAUCCAAGAGUGGCCGGAGCCGCGGAAUGUCACGGAUGUUCGUUCGUUCCUUGGCCUUGCCGGUUACUACCAUCGUUUUAUCAAGGGAUACUCGAAGAUCGCGACCCACUUGACCAAGCUUCAAUGCGAGGAUCGGUCGUUUGACUUGGGAGAGGAUGUGCGGGAAUCAUUUUUGGUUCUCAAAGCUGCGCUAUUAUUUGCGGAGGUCUUGCGCAUCUACGUUCCGCUAUUGCCUACACGCGUCACUACGGAUGCGUCCGGCUAUGGCAUUGGUGUCGUCCUCGAACAACACGAUGGCGUGGACUGGCACCCGAUCGAGUACUUCAACAAGAAAGUGCCCGUCGUGCACUCCAUUGAUGAUGCACGCAAGAAGGAACUUCUUGCCUUCGUCCACACGCUCAAGCGGUGGUGGCACUUCCUCCUUGGUCGAAGGCAAUUCCGAUGGGUAACGAACAACAAUCCGUUGGUCUUCUACAAGACCCAAGACACUGUCAAUAGCACAAUCGCUCGAUGGAUGGCUUUCAUCGACCAAUUUGACUUCUUUCCCGAUCAUAUUCCGGGGAAGUCGAACCGUUUUGCGGAUGCUCUUUUACGGCGUCCGGAUCAUUGUACCGCAGUCUACUCGACCUUCGAGAUCGGCGACGACCUGCGGGACAGCUUCGUCCGCGGCUACCAAGCCGACCCCGAGUUUCGCGACAAGUACGUGAAUUGCUCCUCUCCUAAUCCGGCGCCUUCUCACUAUUGGAUCCAAGAGGGGUACUUGCUUGUCUACACGCGAGGGAAAGACCUUCUUUGCGUACCGAGUGACUCUCACUUGCGUACACGGCUUCUUGGCGAGUUCCAUGAUACUCCCGCCACCGGACACUAUGGAGUCAAUCGCACGAUUGGCCAACUUCAUGAGCGGUUUUGGUGGCCCGGCCUUCUCAACGACGUCACACGCUAUUGCGAGUCAUGCGAGGUUUGUCGACGCUGCAAAUCCUGCAACCAUCGUCCGUUUGGCGAGUUGCGGCCGCUACCGGUCCCCUUGCGUCGAAGGGAAGCGAUUACCAUGGACAUUACCGGGUCGUUCCCCAAGCACAAGACCAGUGCGGAUGGGAUUUUCACGGUGGUCGACCGACUCACCAAGUUUGCCAUGUUUUUGCCUUGCCGCUAUCAUGCCAAGGCACCGGAGUUGGUCGAGGAAAGGCCACUGAACAGCAGUCUGAGGAUCGCGGGCCGCCAACAGCAACAGCAACCAGCAGUUCGACAGCAACAACCGACCGGUACGCAGAUGGCGAACACGCCGAACAGCGAGGCGUCAUCCGAGACCUCGAGAUCCGGCAAUGCCGAACCUUUACCGGUCUGUCCGGUCCAAGGGCCGAAUGAAUCCAUCACGGACUACUUCGCCCGAGUGAAGGCCUAUACAGACUCACUCGCCCUUGCAAAGGACCGGCAUGAAGCUGCCGAAGCCGAGAAACAAAGGCUAGCAGCAGAAGCUGCAGCUCGGGCGCAGCAAGAAGCUGAAGCAAAGCAAUUGGUGACCAAUCAGCUCAAUGCCGACAGUGCCUCACGUCUGAUCUCCCAACAGGAGCAUUGGACGGCGGUCCUCGACGGGAUGCAGUAUGUCCCCAUACCCGGCACCGAGCCCACGGCAGUUCAAGAGGAGAGACACAACCUGGCAACCAUCCUACUCGACACAAUGCGAGCGGUCAUCUGGACCAGCACCAUGGGAGAACUUCAGUCCGGGGCCACACGGAAGCUACGGGGAGAUCUAAACCAUAAUGUGUCGACGCUCGCAGCAGCCAUGAAGCUCGCGGGCUCCCAGCUGAAACAGUUGGAUUCCCGCAUUGCUGCGCUCGAGGCAAGACCUUCCCACGCAGCGCCAGGCUGCACAACAGGCAUGGCAAAGCAGCUCAAUGAGCGCAUCGACCAUGUCGUCAAUGUUAUCGGCGAUCUAGGUGCGUUCACCGGUCCGGCCACGAUCAGCAGCACGGUGGCCUUUAUCAAGACGGACAUCGCCAAGCUGCAGGCGCAACCGGCAGCAGCUGCGAAGGCAUUCAAGAUGCCGCGUUUCAACAUCGGUCGAUUCGAGGACUACAACAAGACUGACUCGUUACAAUGGUGGCAAGCCUUCCUCACCGAAGCCGCCUGCCACAAGGUCCCCACCGAAGACAUGAUGAAGGCGCUCUUCCUACAACUCACUGGAGGAGCACAAGCGUGGAUGAAUCACCUCGCAACCACCAGGCAGACCACCAUCGCCGAACUCCAUAACCACCUCACGUGGCAGGAGUUUGAACAGUUGUGGCACACUCGCUUCAUGGUCCGCAACGUCGUGAAGGCGGCCAUGAACGACGUAUACUCGUGCUCACAAGGGAACAUGCCAACUCGAGACUGGACAAUCAAGUGGCAGAAGAUAGUAACCACGCCAGGCUUCGACUUGAGUUUCCCAAACCAACGAUCCGAGUUCUUCUCGCGAUCGUGCGCAGGACUGCGAGCCGCACUCGGCAAUGAGUACGACUAUGACACGUUCCCGUCGAUUCUGGAUCGUGCAAACCUCGUGAUUCAAACGGACGAUAAGGCCGCGAACGAGAAGCAGUCCCAACCGCAUUUUGUGGCUAAGCAGGGCUACCAACGACCGACACACAACAAUGUCGUGAUUCUUGACGAAUCAGUCGACCUCCACGCCACCGCAGCAUCCUCGAGUGAUGGAGGAACUGUAGCAGCGCUCCCGCCGAAGCGUCCCAAGAGGGUUCGAAAACCCAAGGCGACACAAGCGACGACAGCGACGGGAGCUGGGCAGCAACCUUGGACGGCAUAUCACAUCACCAAGGAGGUGUACGAUCUUCGACAGAAAGACGUCUUCGAGGCGCCCACCGGAACGGUUCCGGAUCGGCCCAUACGUCACGGGAUCACUCUCGAGGCUGGCGCCGUCCCUCCGCUUGGAUGUAUCUACAACAUGAGCGAAGAGGAACUCGAGGUGCUUCGCGCACAACUCGAUGACCUUCUCGACAAGGGUUGGAUUCGCCCUAGUUGUUCACCAUACGGUGCACCUGUUCUCUUCGUCCGGAAGAAGAACAAGGAUCUACGGUUGUGUAUCGAUUACCGAAAACUUAACGCACAAACCGUAAAGAACGCCGGCCCUCUCCCUCGGAUUGAUGAUCUCCUUGAGUGGUUAAGCGGCGCGACGUACUUCUCAAAGCUAGAUUUGAAGUCAGGUUAUGACCAGAUCGAGAUCGAGCCUCGGGAUCGGUACAAAACCGCGUUCAAGAUGCGGUAUGGGCAUUUUGAGUGGGUCGUCAUGCCAUUUGGCCUCACCAAUGCCCCCGCAACCUUCCAAGCAGCGAUGACGACGGAGUUCCGCGACUUGCUCGACCGCAGCGUCCUCAUCUACCUCGACGACAUUUUGGUUUACAGUCGGACGUUGGACGAGCACAUCACACAUCUUCGCACUGUUUUGGAUCGUCUGCGAUCGGCCAAGUACAAAGCGAAUCUCGACAAGUGCGAGUUCACCAAGCAGGAGCUUGAGUACUUGGGCCAAUUUGUCACGUCGAAAGGCAUUCGUCCCUUAGCGGACAAGAUCCAAGCCAUCGUGGAUUGGCCGGAACCUCGUUGCACGACGGAUGUCCGCUCUUUCAUGGGGUUGGCUGGAUACUAUCAGCGUUUCGUCAAGUCCUAUUUGAAAGUGGCCGCUCCUUUGACGAGACUUCAGUCCCCUAAGGUACCCUUCAAGUUCGACGACGCCGCCCGUGACGCGUUCACUACGUUGAAGGCAGCGAUGCAAUCUGCACGUGCCCUCCGUAUAUACGACCCCACCCUCCCUACCCAAGUGACUACGGAUGCUUCGGGAUACGGCAUUGGUGCGGUGUUGGAGCAGUGUCACGAGGACGGUUGGCAUCCGGUUGAGUAUUUCUCCCAAAAGGUGCCUCCCGUCCACACCCUUGACGAUGCCAGGAAGAAAGAGCUACUUGCAUUCGUCACCGUCCUCAAACGGUGGCGCCACUUUCUUCUCGGCCGUCGGCGUUUUAGAUGGAACACGGACAACAAUCCGUUGACCUUCUACAAAACGCAAGAUACGGUCACUAGUAUGAUAGGUCGAUGGAUGUACUACAUCGACCAUUUCGACUUCGAGCCAUCUCAUAACCCAGCGAAUCCUCUUGAACUCAGGGCUAUUGUUCCAGUCAGGUCGGGUGACUUGGUUUUCAUGUGGAGGUGCGGAACAGUAUAUCUUCCUGCUGUUUCUGCUGUACCUAUCUUGCCAACCUCAGACAGGCUGUUCAUAGCACCAAACAAGCUGGCAACCGGAGCAACCUAUAGGUUCUUGGUGACGGUCACAGACAGUCAGAACAAACGCGGGAAUGCUUCAAUUGAAGUACAGGUUGGACGGCAGCCGUUCUGCAAUGCAGCAGGUAAUAACAAUUGUUUCUCAGUCUCUUCGGAUUCCUCUUCUGGUGCUUCUCUUCUGUCGAUCGCCGCAAACGUUGUGUCAACACCAUGGGAAGAUAGCAGACCCGAGGUCAAGAAGGGUGUACUUUCAACGUCCAGCACACUCCCAGAUUCGCCUCGGUACAGAGCUUCAGCGAUGGACUGGGUGGCAGACUCUGAGCUGUCCUAUGAGUUUGGUUAUUUGCUUGAUGCGGGUGGGAAAUUCACAGCUGUUCGAGACUCGAGGCAGUCUUUCAUUGUGUUUAACUAUGUUCCGAGUGGCAAGCGCACGUUCUAUGUCUGUGCCUCUGAUAUUGACAGGCUGACUGGAUGCUCAACAACGGAACUGGACGUGCAGGCUUCACAGAGCUUUUUUUGGGUGUCGGACCCUCCCGUAUCCAGUAACGACUCGUUGACAGCAGAGGAUGCUGCAGCAUCACAGAAGCUGGCGGCUCUGAACCUGAUGACAGAGCAGAUGCGCUUCAUCAGCACAACCGACCCUUCACUCCUUGCUUCAUAUGUGCUCAGCACCGCCGCUGAGUUGAAUGCUAAUGCAAGAGCAGUGCGAUCUUCGCCCGCUGGGGACGAAACGGGACCACCAGCCUCUUCACCAUCCCCUUCUCCUCAGUCAUGGCAGUUCAUGGAAACAACUGAAGGUGCCACAAUUCGUUUACAGGCGCGCAAGAUGAUGUUGGACGCACUGGCUGCUAUGGUUUCUGAUCCGACAGCUGACCUUGUGAACGUCAUCCAAGUCAUUCAUGUCGUCGUCAACAAUGCCGAGGAAGUGGAUACAUCAAGCACCCAAAAGACAUUUGAAACGAUUGCACAGGCUCUGGAAGGUAUGGCCUCUCAAGCAAAAUCCAGCGAUUCACUUCUUUUUGAACAAGGGGUUCUGGAGGAUGAGAAUAACGUCCGUGCUGUGCUCAAUGCCAUGUCUAAAGGAAUCCAGUCAUAUGGUCCAAAGGAGUAUAGCUUGAAGAGAUUUUACUGGGAAGUCGCUAACCUUUUGGCAAAGGAUGGGGGAGCCUCGAUCGCUUCUUUUAGUGCAAUCUCAGACCAGCCUUGGAGUGCAACUGGGGGAAGUUUUAUGGUUAGCAGCGCCGACAUGGAUCCGCAGAUAGUGGAGACUGCCAAAUUGCAGGUUGUGGCUGCGUUCACAAACCUAAAGUCCUGUCAUAAGACAAUGUCAGAAAUGAUGUCAAGCUCACUUGUUCCUAGGGAGAACAAGACUAAGUGGUCGACCGAUGGUCUUACAGGAGUGGCCAUGGCAUCGAUAAAGUUGUCAGAUAGAGGGCCCUUCAACAUCACUGCAAAGCGGCAGAAACUGGCACCUACUGUCGAGGAAGGCCGAAAGAAGUUUCCCAAACAGUUGGAAGUGGUGAUCAGACAAUGGAAUAACCGAUUUGCAAAGAACCAUACAAAUGGCACAGGUACUGUCUCUCCGCAAUCACCAUCAUCCUCACCAAGCCCCGCAUCUACAGGUGAGUCACAACCACAGUUGCCUCUACAAUCCCAGCAAGAGAUCCGUGUGGUCGAUUCCUGGAAAAACACGACAUCGAUCCCUGAUCCCAGUGGAGCAGGGGGCAGCAGGAUGCUCAUGGCACACAGGGGAAACCGCAUAGCUGUCAGGCGCCUCCUGCAGACGCCAGACGGCAUAUCUGGCAGUGAUGGUAGUACAUCACAGGGCAGCACAUCAAAUGAUGACAAUGUUACAGCAUGCCUGCUCCAGCUUCCAGAGGACGUGAAGGCCUUGUGUGACUUGGAUCCCCUGUGUAGGGGAGCUGACACACUUGUUGUAUCCAUGUCUUGCACCCUGGACCCCUCUUUAGCAAAUGGACUUAUUGAGGACAGGUCAAUAAUCGUCAGCCAUGUAGCCAUGAUUGCUAUUACAGCCCAGAACUCGUCUGCUGGCUCAACAGUCUCCUCCUCAACACCAGUUAGUUUGAAGGAGACGGAAGAAGCUGUCAGGAUUACUUUGGAGGUUACCCCAGUUGAUACAUCUACAAGCUCAGGAAACGACGGGACACCUCCAGUAUUCCAGUGCCGAUAUCUGACCUUGACUGGUGGAGCUGCAGUCACUGAAAUUAUCAAAACAGAUUCUUCAAUUGAGGGGCAUGUAACAUGCAAACCUACGAAACUGGAAGAUGAAAGCAUAAUAGCUGUCGUCCAGACCAAUUUGCUGGUGAACACAGCUGGCGGACUUCUUGGAGUUGGGGAUGGGGAAAAGAAGAAAAACUCUUCCAAGAAAACGGGAGCAAUAGUGGGUGGGGUUGUUGGUGGACUUGCAGGUGUUGUGCUCCUAUCUGUUGUUGCUCUGGUACUUCAUCGCAAAGGCAUGCUACCCUGGCAACGUCAAGCACAAGGAACAGCGGCGGCUCCUGGAACCAACCUUUAGGGGAAAAAAGGAGGGGUCAGCAAAUUCUUAGGGAGCAAUUAGCAGAACGUGUCUGUGCUACCUGGCGGCACACACUUUUUGCAUGGGUGAAAAUCAUUCUUUACGGUCAGAUUUUUUGCGCAUAUUGCACUACCCUGCCUUACUGUUAAGGGUAGAAACCAUUUUCCUCUUCCAUGAAUCCCAUGGCUCCCAUCUGAAUGUCGGCCAUCUUAUGCAAUUCACAUGUCCAUUUCACCUGGUGAAACACUGUAUGCAAUGGGUUUCGGGUGGCUACCAUUCUAUCCAACACUGCAUUAUCUAGCUGUGUCCUUGCCACCAGUAUUUUUGCACACCGCGCUGCUACGCAUAUGUGGGAAUCUUUUUUAGUGUUGUCGAACUUGCCAUUUGCAACGAGCCUGACAAUCAUGAGAAGAUUCCGCAACUCGACCAAGCAAAUAGUCAGAAUGCUGUUAUGAAUCUUAUGAUCCUGGAAAUCUCACAGUGCAAAACUCAAAAGGAGAUAAUGUCGUUCAAUUGCAACUGAAAUGAAAGAGUUUGGGAAGA